UGACCAUAUCACAAGGUGAACACCAAGGCCUUUUGAAGUUUCAAUAGUUUUGGAGGGUUUUUUUUUUUCACUUGCAGAGCUGCAUGUUUUUCCUAGGGAUUAUUCACAUAACCCGAGACUUGCCUUGAACCAGAGUGGCCCCUUACAAUACAGCUUGUCAUUGCAGUGGAAUAUUGGAGCACUUUGGACUAUUUUAUGCAGAGAAUUUUUAGAUUGUACCAGAAAGUGAUGGUUAAACUGUAAAAUUGGCCGUUGUAUCAGGCAACUGAUUUCCAACAUAGCUAUAACUUUCUUUGUAAACACCUGGUCAUCUGUACUUUGGAGCCAUGCCACCUGCUGUUGGAGGUCCCAUGGGUUACACUCCUCCAGAGGGGGGCUGGGGAUGGGCCGUGGUGUUUGGAGCCUUUAUUUCCAUUGGGUUCUCCUAUGCCUUCCCAAAGUCCAUCACUGUGUUCUUCAAAGAAAUCGAAGUGAUCUUCAAUGCCACCAGCAGUCAAGUGUCCUGGAUCUCUUCCAUCAUGCUUGCUGUCAUGUAUGCAGGAGGUCCUGUCAGCAGUAUCCUGGUCAAUAAGUAUGGAAGUCGGCCUAUUAUGAUUUUAGGAGGCUGCCUCUCAGGAACAGGACUAAUUGCUGCUUCUUUCUGCAAUACUGUUGAGGGCUUGUACUUCUGUGUUGGUGUUGUGGGAGGACUGGGACUGGCAUUUAAUCUCAACCCUGCUCUCACUAUGAUUGGCAAAUAUUUCUUCAAGAGACGCCCAAUAGCAAAUGGCAUUGCUAUGGCUGGUAGUCCAGUCUUCUUGUCUACUCUUGCUCCUCUGAACACCUGGUUCUUUGAUCAGUAUGGCUGGAGGGGUAGCUUCUUGAUCUUGGGGGGACUUUUGCUUAACUGUUGUAUAGCUGGAUCGCUGAUGAGGCCCAUAGGGCCAAAGCCCAAACCUGCUGUUAAAGGGGUUAACAGUAACAGCAGAGCCACAGAGCAAAAGAAGGUAGUUGAGAUGAUCAAUGGUUUUAUUGAUCUGACGCUUUUCAAGCAUCGUGGUUUCUUGCUUUACCUUCUGGGAAACGUGGUCAUGUUCUUUGGCCUCUUCACUCCCCUUGUUUACCUCAGUAAUUAUGCCAAGAGCAAGGAAAUUCCCAAGGAGAAAGCUGCUUUUCUGCUCUCUGUGCUGGCCUUUGUAGACAUGGUGGCACGACCGUCCAUGGGAAUAGUCGCUAACACAAAAUGGGUGAGACCGAGGGUGCAGUACUUCUUUGCUGCAUCUGUUCUUCUCAACGGAGUGUGCCACUUGCUUGCUCCUCUGUCGACGGACUACACAGGAUUUGUGAUUUACUCCAUCUUCUUUGGGUUUGCCUUUGGGUGGCUGAGCUCUGUGCUGUUUGAAACCCUCAUGGAUCUGGUUGGGCCCCAGCGUUUCUCCAGUGCUGUAGGAUUGGUGACGAUUGUGGAAUGUGGGCCAGUGUUAUUGGGGCCUCCUUUACUAGGAAAAUUCAAUGACAUUUACCAUGACUACAAGUACACUUACAUGUGCUGUGGAAUUCUGCUGCUGGUUGGCAGUAUGUUUCUUUUCAUCGGAAUGGGCAUCAACUACAGGCUACUACAUAGGGAGGCAAAAGAGGAAUCCAAGAGAGCCAAUCUGCAGGGGAGAGAGGAUGAUGGCAAAAAAGGCAAAGAGGCAUUGAAAGUGCCUGAUGACAAUACUGCAGAGGAUGCUGUGUGACACUGAAUAUUUCAUUUGAAAUGAAUUGAUUUGGCAAUCUUAUCACUGAUGUUGAUCCUGGUGAUACUUAUAUUCUACACUUUCAAUAUUGUGAAAAUCUAAAUAAAAAUAUCCAUCAAGAGUUUUCAGGCUGCUGUAAAUAAUAUUAUUUUAAAAUAAAAUAAAUAAAAUAAUACAGAUUUUAUCUGAAUCUAAGUUAUCAAGAAUUUUAGUUUAAAACAUGAUAUUUCACUAGAUGUGGCACUAUUUUGGGGCAUUUUAUGUAUGUUGAAGGAAAGAUUGAAUCUAAAUGCACUGAAUACAUUAAAAAAACUAUCUACCAUACACAGUCUUAUAAUAAGGGGAGAAAUUAAAGGAAUUGUUCACCAAAAAGUGAGAAUUCUCUCAUUUACUCACCCUCAUGCCAUCCCAGAUUUGUAUGACUUCAUUUUUCUGCAGAAGACAAACAGAGAUUUUUAGAAGGAUAUCUCACCUCUGUUGGUCCAUACAAUGCAAGUGAAUGGUGACCAAAACUUUGAAGUUCCAAAACUUUUCCAUAUAAAAGCAGCAUAGACGUAAUCCAUACAACUCCAGUUGUUUAGUCCAUUUCUUCUGGAGGUGAUCCAGUCGGGUUUUGUUGAGAACAGGCCAAAAUGUAACUCCUUUUUCAUUAAAACACUUGACAUCAGCAGUUUUCUUGCUGAUCAUGAUUUCCAGCUUCAUUACCUUUCCUAGCGCUCUGAACAUGCAUUAAGUACAAGGAAAUGUAGUUCAGCUUGAAAUCAUGAUUAUAUCUUGAGACUGCAAUGGCAAAAUGUACAAUGAAAAAGGUGUUACAUUUUGGUCUGUUGUCAUCCAAAAUCGAUAAGAUCGCUUCAGAAGACAUGGAUUAAACCACUGGAGUGAUACAGAAUGGAUUCAUAUUUUUAUGCUGCCUUUACUUGCUUUUUGCAUUAAAUCUACAGUGCUGAGAUAUUUUGAGGUGAAUUAUUCCUUUGACAAACAAUUUUUGUUGUUAUAAGUCAACAUGAAAAGGAGUUCCCAACACAAUAUAUUUCCGUAUUGUGAUGUAUUUCUAAAUUAAAUAGGAUAUUCA